CGGUAGCUGCCCAAGAGGAAAAAAAAGAAAAAAGAAAAGACAAAAGGCAGCUCUUUUUUUUUUUCAAUUCAUUUUUUGUUUUCACUCCACGAAUGUCUCCGCCACUCGCUCUUUUGAGCCAUAACCCGCCUGUUAUUCCCAAUCUCGAGUCCCUCCGCCCACGACCCGUUGUCAGUCGUUCCCGCUCUUUCGCUAUCUCCCGUCGCAGAGUGUUGCUCUUGGAGCGGUGUGGGAGCUCAGCGACUUCGGGUGUCGGCAGAGGUUCGAGUCUCAGAGCUCGGAGCUUGCAACAAGGGGAUGGAGAAGGUUUUGAAGCCAUCAUCUCCAAGGAUACUCCGGAUGAAGCAGAUACGGUUGAGAAUGAGCUUCAAGACAAAGAAAAGAGUGGCGCCAUUGGAGGAAGAUUGUUUCUCAUUAAAUUAGCAAUUGCUCUUGGCAUAGCUGUAUUUGGCACAUUGAUAUCUCUUAGUGUUAAGUGGUCUUCCUCUGGAUCGUCACUGGGAUUUCAGAUUUUGGCAGAUGAUUCUUCCUCUGCAGCAGUCAUGGCUGCAUCUCCUGUUGGUUUCAGUUUCAAAGCUUUUGGAUACAAAGUUUUGCUUCCAGAAUAUGCCCCCGGGUGGAUUUACUUUUGGCUGCUAAUGGCUGCUGGGUGCGGACUUUUCAUUAGUGAGGAGGCUUUGAAUAUAUGGAUUGGCAUAACUCUGUCCCGGAUGCUCUCCUUGGAUGGCACAUGGCAAUUGUUUGUGGAAUCUUUCUCAAGAAACUUCCCUUACAUCCUGUCGACAGUUAUGUGGGUCUAUUGGGGAGUUUGUAUAAGUGAUAUGAUUCCCUUUUACCUUGGGAAGCUUUUCAGACAAACUGGGGCAUCAGAUGAUGUUUGUGCAAAGUUAGGCAUUGGGAAGGAGAAGGUUGAGAAAAUUACACGUGUUGUACAAAAAUAUGGAAAUCUCUCCGGUUUUGUUGAACGAUUUUCCCUUGGAGUGCGGAAUCCAACAGCUUUCCUUGCAGGGGCCUUGGGAAUAUCUCCAGAGUAUUUUUUUGCUGGAGUGUGUUGUGGAGGCUUGAUCACACUUCCUAUCCAGCUGGGAAUCGGGUUCUUACUUAGGGAACGCCCUCUAUUUGCUCUUGCAACUGUUGCAACUGCCGUGGUACGCAGGGAAUUUGGACCAUCUUUCCAUAUGCAAUAGCUGCUUCUACAGCGCUGUUUCUCUUUCUGCGGCGGCGGUACUCCACAUGAUUGGCUUAUAAACUCGUUUUCUGCGGCGGGAACUUUUAUAGUGUAGAUUCAUGGAAUUUGCUGCAUUGUGUAAAUGGAGGAAAUAGCUGCUAGCAUGUUAUUUAUUAAUUUUUGGAUGGUAAUUGCAACCUUCCGUUGAAUCACCAUCCGCGUCAUAGCUUUUUCAUGAUUUUUGAGGGGAUAGUCUGUCUAUUAAUUUGUUAGAUGUGUGGGUAGUGUACCCCAAAAAGGGAAUAUGCUUAGAGUGUACUCUUGCUUGUGGUGCUUUCCUGCUCUUCAGUUUCCCCAUGAGCUCAAGUGCUUGCGUUGUAAUAUUCUGCAGUUAGUAUGAUCUUAUCCAGUUUCACCAUCUACCAUUUUCUUUUC